CCCACCCUGCCCCCUCUAGAUAUGGCCCCGCCCCUCAGAUGCCAGUCGCUUGGGAAGUCAAGAUAAUGGCGGCCCCUGACAUCAAGAAGCUCAUGGCGUGCUUCAACAAUGAGGAGGCGGGGGGCGGGGCCACCUCCAUGCCCCAGCCUCCCCUCUCCACGGGCCCCAAACUUUCCGGUUCCUCCCCCUUCUUCCCUGGAAGGGGCGGGGCUUCUGCACGAGGAGGUGGCGUGGGGGUUGGCUUCACCGGAAGGGGCGGGGUCAGGUUUGGAGGGGUGGGCGGGGCUUCAUCCGAGGUGGGCGGGGCUACAGAUGGAGGGGGCUCAGAAGUUGUAAGCGGGGCCAAGUUCGGAAGAGGCGGAGCAAAGUUUGGAGUGGGCGGUGCCUCUGAAGCGGUGGGCGAGGCCAAAAUGUGGGGUAUGGGUGGAGCUAAGCCAGAAGCGGGAAGGGCUACUGAAGGCAUGGGAGGGGCCAAAUCAGGUGUGGGGGAGACUAUGUACGAAGUGAGCAGCCCCUCGGAUGGGGCAGGUGGCAUGGGAAGGGGCGUGGCCAAAUUCGGAGGAGUGGGCGUGGCCAAAGUUUGGGGUGUUGGAGCGAAGUUUGGAGUGGGCGUGGCAAAUGAAGUUGCAGGCAGAGCCAAACCCGGGAGGAGCGGGGCCUCUAAUGAGGCAGACGGAGGUGCCUCAUUUGGAGGAAGGGGCGCGGCCAAAUUUGAAGGAGUAGGCGGAGUUAAGAUUGUGACAGGCGAGGCUACGGAUGGAGUAGGUGGGGCUAAAGAGGGCGACAACCCGGCCUCCGCUUGCAGCAGUGGCGACAGUGUCGGGGGCGGGGUCAAAUUCGGAGGGGGUGGAGCCAAGUUUGGUGGCAACCGGGUGGGUGUGGCCUCAGAUGAUACGGGCGGAGCUAAGCCCGCAGUGGGAGGGGCCAGUAUUGGGGUGGGUGUAGGCAGGUUUGGCAGCGCAGUGAGUGGGGCAACAUCGGGGGUGGGCGGGGCAACAUCGGGAGUGGGCGGGGCUCCACAUGGGGUGGGCGUGGCUAGGUCGGGAGCUGGCGGGGCUCCGCUGGCAGUAUCUCCACUGGCAGCAAAGCUGAGGGCUCAAAUCGCGAGUGUGAAGAGUGGAGGGAGGACCGGCGGGAAGGAGGAGGAGGAGGAGGGAGGGGAGAAGAGGUGGAAGAGGGGAGGAGCAGGGACCACGGGAGGAACGGUCACACAGGGGGCCAAUGGAGGUCCCGCGGGAUUAUUGAGGGAACCUGCACCCCCUCGCAAGGUGCUGCCAAAGCCGUUGCUGCUUGGCCAGGCGCCAAAGAAACCGGCGCGACCCCCAAGUGUGGAGCUGAGCCGAUUCCGUGCUCAAGUGGCCACGCGAGGAGCAAUGGAAGCCAGUCCCCCUUCUCUCCCGGUCACCAUGACACUCAUAACCAAGGCAACGGUCCCAACGGCGCAACUGGUGGAGGAGAACUAUGAUGACGUGGAGCUGCCUGGCCCCCCAACCUGGAUUAUGGGGCCAGCUCUGCCUGGCAGGGGCACCGCACCCCCUCUGCCCACACCGAGACCGGAGGUGCCUGCCAAUUCCACCAGAGGCAAAGCCCCGGCCGCCGAAGUUGAGGAGCAGCAGCAGGACGUGUAUGAAGACUUUUAUGAAGACUUCGAGGAGAAAAGUGAGGAGACGGUGCGUGAACGCACGGACAGAGAAAAGAAGGAGGCCAAGGAGAGGGAACGGAGAGACACGGAGAUGAAGAAGAAAUACAAGGUUGGCAUCGACACGCCGGCGCUGCACGUGGCCGUGGCGUGCCGCGGCGCGACACCGUCUGGCCGCCUCGACCUGGGCGUGCAUCAGGGCGAGCGCCUCAAUGUGCUGCUGCUCACGGGCACCCCCGAGGGCAAGUGGGUGGUGAGGAACGAGACGGGAAGCGUGGGGCUGGUGGAGACCUCUCUGCUGGAUCUUGAGAUGGAUUUAAGCCAAGAUAUCUAUGAUGACGUGGCAGAGGAGUCGAGAGCAAAUGCUUCCGGUGAUCAGUUUCCAUCCGCCGACGAUGACGAGACAGAAUCAGGCAGCAGUGGUGGAAAGGGGAAGACCUGGAAAAUCUUCAAAGGCAUCAACCUGAGACGUGAUAAGAAGAGAAGCGUAAAGAAACAGGAAGAGGAAAAUCAAGACGUCCCUCCAGAAGACGAUGAGGUGUAUGAUGACGUGGAGACAGAGGCUCAGGAUUCGCGUCUCUCAGUCAGGAAGGAAGACAAGAAGGCAGAAGAGAAGAUGAGAAAAAUAAGAGAGCGGGAAGAGAGGGAGGCCCGGAAAAAGUUUAAGCUUUCUGGCGACCUCCCCACACUCUCCGUGGUCUCGCUGCUCCGUGACCUCCGACCCUUGGGGCGCCUCGACCUCUCGGGAUCAAAAGGCGACACCUUUGACCUCGUGCAAAACACGGAUGAGAUGCGGGCACUGUGCCGCAACCGCCUGGGAAAAUAUGGGUAUAUUCCCAGAGAGCAUUUAUCUCAACCGGACCAAGAGGACUCUGACAUCUACGACAAUUUGGAUGAAGAUCCUUGAUCUUUGCUUUGAUGUCAUCGAGGUCCGUCAUGGACAGCUUCUCCAAUGAUCGCGUCACUGCAUUCUCAGCACUGCUCUUUGAAUGAUGUGUGGGACUGGGCAACUUCUCGGUCGACUCAAUCAAACCUAGAAGCUACUAUACAUGACAUACACAUUGUAUACACACUCCGAUGUUUGUAUGAGGCUACAGUGAGGGAAACAAGUAUUUGAUCCCCUGCUGAUUUUGUACGUUUGCCCACUGACAAAGAAA